AUGCCUUCCAGUAACGAGGCAACAGGGACAAACCAAUUACCCUUAUCACGUAUAAAGAAGAUUAUCGGGACAGAUCAAGACAUAAAUAUGUGCUCUAACAAUGCUGCAUUUGUAAUCACUCUAGCCACCGAAAUGUUCAUCCAAUACAUGGCCGAAUCAGGUCAUAACGUUGUCAAGUCUGAACGCAAACCUCGCCGCAAUAUUCAAUACCGUGAUCUUUCUUCCGCCGUCUCCCACGUCGACAACCUCGAAUUCCUCUCCGACAUUAUUCCACGCACCGUCCCCCUCAAAAUCGUAAAAGCCAACGCUCACCUCCCCAACACCCUCAUCCCCAGCAAAUACACUGUCCCCCCAACUACCCACUCUACCUCUACCCCCACAAACUCUCACGCCGACCCCUCUUCAUAUGCUGGCCCCUCCCACGCCGGCCCCUCAAACCCGAACACCUACUCCCCAUCCCUAGACACCGCACCCCCACGCGUCUCCGUCUCCGGCCUCCUGGACUCCGCUUCUUCAUUCUUGCCAGGCCUCAACCGAAUUUAUAUUCAAAAUCCACAUCAAUCCCAACAUCAAACCCAGGCCCAACCUCAACCCCAACAAUACCUCCAAUCCCAAUCCCAACCCCAAAAUUACCUCCAACCCCACUCCCCACCCCAACCUCAACUCCAUCCAACCCAUCCAUCCCCCAACCCCAUCCCCAAUCCCACCCCCACCAUCCACGAAACCAGCCACCCCAACCCUCACCCUCACUCUCCACCUCACCACCACACCAACGGCUUCACUCCCACCAACAAACCCAACCGAAAAACCAGUUCCGGAGCCACCGAAGACGAAGAUCCUAAUGCCCAAUUAAGGAUGGAGAGUCUUGCUAAUGAUGACGAUUAUGAUGAUGAUAAUGAUGAGGAAGAAGAAGAGGAGGAGGAAGAUGUUGAGAUGAGCUAA